AUGAAAUACGGUCACCGUCUUCGGGCGUUUUACGAGGUUUUCGGGGCAGCGGAUCAGGUGGGCCCGGACGGCACUGCGCCCGACGCUCGGGAGCGCCCUGCACCUGGAACGGCGCCGAAGAGCCGCGCGUCCGACUGGCACCGACAAGUCGAGCCUGAGGUCGUGUGCGACGUAGCCGAGAAUGCCGGCCGUGACUCCUCAGCUGGCUACGAGACUUCAGCCUCGUCGGGGGCCGGUGGUGGCCGCGGCAGCUCGCAGCGCUCGCUUUCACCGGUGCCAGCGGAAGACACCACCCCGGAAGCUGACCCGCUGCCGGAUGCUGCUGUGAUGGGACCACGAGCACCAGCGUCGCAGCUCCCGGACCUGCGCUCUGAGCUCGGUGAUCGAUACCGCGCUCUGUACGCCAUGUACAAGGCGGGAAAGGCCGCUGUCCGGUGCAUACGCGCAACCAUGGACGAGCACGCACCAAGGGCUCAUCAUCGGACAUCAGUGCCCCCAGAGGCGCUGGGCAGACGCUCCCGCUAUUUGAAGCUGCUGGGCAAUAAUCUGCAGCUGAGUCGGAUCCCCAGUGACCUCGAGCAGGUGUUUGAUGCGGUUUGGGUCUUUUUCGACUCCAUUAUCCGAGAAAUUGGGGCGUUUCGAAGAGUUUUCGAAGAGCGCACAGCUGACUUGCAGUGCCGCCUGGAUGUGCUGCGCCAACAGGGAGCAUCUAGCAGCGUGCGUGGCGCGCUGGAGCUGGGCGCGGAGGCGGAGCAGGUUCUAGUGUGCUUGCAGAUUGCCCAGGUUGCCAUUGGAAAGAUUUUGAAAAAGUUCACCAAGGCGUUGGCUCUGAUCGCAUCGGACGAAGCGGCGGCUCGCGGCUGGCAUGGUUGGGAUGUUGCGGAUGUGCGCGAAGACGCGCUCGAAGGCGCAGGCCAGAGUGAGAGCGAGCAGAGCUCCACGACGACGACGUCAGCGACGCCGGCCGGCAGCGGCGGUAGGAGCGACGCCGAUGGCGUUGAUAAGCGGCGAGGCGGUACCCGCGGCGUUGGCAACGCCGCCCCGAACGCUAUUCAGGAUGCAAAACUCGAGCGUGCUGUACGGUUGGCCAUGUGCGGGUCGCUGAGCUCGGCCCUAGCGCUGGAUCCCUCUGAAGAGGCACCGCCGCUGGUGCUGGUUACGCGCCUUCGCAGAUUCCUGGUGCAGCAACCUUUUGUGUGCGACCAAAGACGGUUGGGCUUUCUCGCCGAUCUACGCCACCGUAAGGAUUGCGCAGUUCUGGCGCUGCACCGCAUCUUAGAAAGCCUAACACCAGCUGCGACCGGGGAUGAUGCGGCGCUGGGUGGUGCCCCUACCGGGCAGCUGCAUACUGCGGCGGCAUGUGCCCCAGGUCGGGGCGUCGAUGGCGAUCAGCGCACGUUAGGCGCGCUCACGCUGUUGCGGCACGUUUUGGACGAUGUGCCUCCGCCAGGUGAGUACUCUUUGCAUGCUCCCUCAGCGCAUCUACCAGCUUUGCCGCCCGGCGGGCGUGUGCGACCUUUCGCAGAGGAGUGCCGCCUCUUAGCCCGCCAACUCGAGUCGCAGCUGGCGGCCUACAACCCGACUACAGAUCCAUCGUCGCCAUACGAGGUUGCGACACGCUUCUAUCUGGCGAACGUGGCUGCCUCUGGACCGGCGGUGACGGCCGAAGCUUUUCUCCGAGCUGCGCGAUCCGUUCCUAUGCACUUUUUGUGCCCAAUAUGCCUGGAUAUGCUUUUUGAGACCGUCGAGCUCCCCUGCAGACAUCGUUUCUGCGAGGUCUGCAUCCAAGAGGCACGCUUUUCCGCAGAGCUACAAGGCGCUACGCUCUCGUGCCCGUUGUGUCAGCCGGGUCUGUAUCGCCGACACUGCUGCGAAACAGCGGACACGUCAGCGGUGCAGGCCGCGAGGCACGCAUCGGCAUCGCCCGAGGAAUGCGUGUCGAGCGCCGAGCGCGAUGCGCUGUCUCCUGCGGAUGCGUGCGCACGGACGGAGCAACGCGAGCGGCGAGCGUCCUCUAUUGACGGGUUACUGCGUGCUGCGUUUCCCGCGCAGUGGCGACUGCGCGAGCGGCAGGCGCGUGCAACCCGUGAGAUGCUCGAACGUCGUCGACGCUUCCGCGAACGCGUCGCGCAUCUGGAUGCUGCCAAGCUGCGCAGCAGCGGGAAUCUCGAGUCUGUGGCGCGGAAGCGGUUUCACUGGGUAUGCCAGUGCUUUGGCGAUCGUAGUGGCAGAGCGCGGCCAGUUGCGACACCUCCGCCUUCCGCAGGGGAUGCGGUGGCUGAUGUGGAACCUGCAGCCGACGGCAGGCGGGCAGGUCUCGUGGAUGCGCGUGCUGGCGUGCUCGGGGACCCCAAGCCGGAUGCCGCUGCGCAGACGCAAGGGAAGCCCGCGACGAGCGUGCCCCAAAAUCGAGCGCGCAGUGCCUGUAGUAUCGCAUGA